AUGACUUCGAGUGCUUCGUACCAGAGUUUCGCAGAGAUCGGUGAUGACGCCAAUCAUGUGCUGAUACAUGUGCUGCCCAGCGAUGGCCGCAAUGGGAUGCGCUCGUGGCAGCACUACAUCCAUGACUUGGAUGACUUCUUCAACAAAGUCUACAAAUACCACCAAAAGUCGGGAUUCGCAUGCAUUGUCUUAAGCAAUGUCUUAGAACUGAUUCAAAUACUAUUUGUUAUAUUAUUCACAAUAUUUUUAUAUCAUUUUAUUGAUUACGACAUACUAUUCAAAAACAAACCGCCGGCCGGUGGUAGUAAUAACACAUCCAAAGUGACAAUCAGUGAUGUGCUCAUCCCUUACCACUCCGUUACUUAUAGUGCGCUUGAGGUCUACCUAAUAGUGAUAGCACUGGUCUUCUGGUUCUUCAAGUUAUUCAAAGCGAUUCACUCACUGAUUGUGAACCACGCCAUCAAAGCCUUCUACAGCGAAGCGCUGCAUAUCUCGGACUCAACUCUGUUCACAUGGCAGGACAUCCAGAGCCGACUCAUUCAGGCCCAACACGUCUGCCUCCUACAGGACGCACAACUCAAUGAGUUAGUCAUUCAUAACCGUCUUCUCCGGCACCACAACUACAUGAUAGCGCUGAUCAACAAAGGCUUGCUUCCCAUCCACUAUAAGGUGCCAUUCGUUGGCGAACUCACAUACCUGACCAAAGGCUUGCAAUUCAAUUUCCAACUCCUCCUCUUCAGGACCUCUUUCUCUCUCUUUGAGAAUAAUUGGAAACUUAAGGACGAAGUGAAGAGCGGAACCAAUCGACUGAUUUGUGCGCAAAAGUUGGAGAGAUAUUGCAUUCUCUUCGCUGUCAUUAAUUUAAUACUCUUUCCAAUGGUAAGCCUCUGGCAGUUAUUGUACAUUAUCUAUACGUACGCCGAGGCCAUCAAACGCGAUCCAUCCAUGGCUUUAGGUUCCAGGGGUUGCCUCUGGCAGUUAUUGUACAUUAUCUAUACGUACGCCGAGGCCAUCAAACGCGAUCCAUCCAUGGCUUUAGGUUCCAGGGGUUGGUCUCUGUAUUCCAAGUGGUUUUGCAGACAUUUCAACGAAUUAGACCAUCAAUUGAAUGAACGACUCAAUAGCGGCUACAAAGCGGCCACAAAAUACAUGAACUCAUUCACGUCUCCCUUACUCGAAGUGUUGGCUAAAUUUGUGUCAUUUAUUGCCGGAACAGUUGUUUCAGUUGUCAUACUUCUGACCGUUUAUGAUGAGGACGUGAUUGCGACUGAACACAUCAUAACUUUAGUGACACUUCUGGGCGCACUCAUAGCCAUAUCGAGAGCAUUCAUCUCCUCAGAGAUACCCUCUCGUUAUACUCACGCAGAGCUCAACGCCAAAGUCCUGGAGCACAUCCAUUACAAGCCUCACGGAUACGCUCCCUAUACGAGUCAGGCCAGGAACGCCAUGUCCAACGUUUUCCAAUACAAGAUCGUUGCUGUCUUUGAAGAACUCUUAAGUCCUUUAGCGACGCCUUAUAUUCUGUUCCGACACCUGAGACCCCGAGCCCUUGAGAUAAUAGAUUUCUUCCACAACUAUACGGUUGAGAUCACAGGAACGGGAGAUGUCUGUACUUUUGCAAUGAUGAACAUCAGGGAGAAUGGCAAUCCUCUGUGGAAGCCGAGUGUAUCGAGUCUUUCAAACGAACAAAAGGGUAUUAAAAUCGAGGAUAAGUUGACGGAUGUGCCGCCCCUGUCGACCAGAGCCACAGAAAACGGCAAAUUAGAGUUAAGUCUAAUUCACUUCAAACUAACGAAUCCUAAUUGGAGUCCAAACAAUGACUCCCAGAAGAAGUUCAUCGAUAAUAUCAAAUCGAUAUGCGAUCCAAAUGACAGUCAAAUGAUGAGCCGAAGUGCUCUCAACUCUAGUCUCAAAUUGGGUUCAGUCACCGACGCCAACACUCCUCCGCCCUCUGACUCGAGCUCUUCUAACAAAGAACAAGACAUCGAAAGCAAUGCCUAUAGGAAUGAAAGGGAACGCCUCUUAAACGCUAUUUCAAACAGUGUUACCGAACAGGAGGAACGGGCGGCUGCCAUGUCUUUAAGCACUUUAUUCUUACAUCAGUUCGCGUCUAAUAGUAUUAGCAGAUCGCGAGCCGACAGACCCGACCGACCCUCGCAAACAGAGUCACACCCACUCCUCCCAUCCCACACUGAUAUGACUGAACAUUAA